UGGAGAUCGAUAUCUCCACUUCUAUCGUCACAUCAACCACCAUGUCCUUUGCAAAGACCAUUACUCUUUCUACAGGUGCCUCGAUUCGACAGAUUGGUCUUGGAACCUGGCUUUCGCAGCCCAAGGAGGUUGAAAAUGCUGUCGAGAUUGCCGUUCGCCACGGUUAUCGCCACCUCGAUCUUGCCGCCAUCUACCAAAACCAGGAUGAAGUCGGCGCUGCUCUCAAGAAGGUCAUCCCUUCUGUCGUCAAGCGAGAGGAUCUUUUCUUAACCUCCAAAGUCUGGAACACCUCCCACAAAUCUGAACUCGUCGAGAAGGAGCUCGACAAAACCCUCUCUCAACUCGGUGUUGAUUAUCUUGACCUCUAUCUCAUCCACUGGCCAGUUUCUUUCAAACAUGGCGACGACUACUUCCCAGCCGAUCCCAAGAACCCUGGAUGUGUCGAACUCGACACUGUCACUUCCCUUGUAGACACAUGGAAGGCCAUGAUAGCUCUGCCAAAGUCGAAGGUCAGAGCCAUCGGUGUAUCUAACUUUACCAUCGAGCACAUAGAGGCUAUCAUCAAGGCUACCGGUGUUGUCCCCACUGUCAACCAAAUCGAAUCACACCCACUUCUUCCCCAAGACGAUCUUGUUGCGUUCGCCAAGGAAAAGGGCAUUCAUCUUACUGCAUACAGUCCACUAGGCAACAACUUAAAAGACAAGCCCAAACUCACUGAGCACCCCAAGGUCAUUGAGGUCGCUAAGAAACUCGAUGCAACCCCGGCACAGGUCCUCGUCGCUUGGGGAACACGCCGUGGUUUUUCUGUUAUCCCCAAGAGUGUGCAGGAAAACCGUAUCAAGUCCAACUUCCAGCAGGUCGAGCUCAGCCAGGAGGACUUCGAAGUUAUCUCUGCUAUUGGCAAAAACAACCACACCAGGUUCAACAUUCCUUUCGGCUACACUCCUAAGUGGGACGUCAACAUCUUCGACGAACCGGAAGAGAAGCCAGCCACUACCAGGCCUGUCCUUGGCAUUUAGAAAGUGGCUGUUAUCGAGGCAUCACCGCCAGGGAAAAAAGGAAAUCACCUAAUGAAGUAGAUCUUUGUCGGCUGUAAAGUUUAUACCUCAGUUAUUCACGAUUGACUGAAGACAAUCAGGUC